CCAUACAAUGCCAUGCUGUCCAUGCAUCAGUUGGUGGAAAAUGCCGAUCUCUCGGUAUGCUUGGACAACGAAGCGCUAUACGAUAUCAGCAUGCGCAACCUCAAGAUCGCCAGUCCCAGUUUUACGACACUCAAUGGGAUUGUCUCUAAAGUCAUGUGUGGUGUCAGCACGAGUUUGCGAUUCCCCGGACAGCUGAACGGUGAUCUGCGCAAACUGGGCAUGAACCUGAUUCCCUUCCCCCGCUUGCAUUUCCUGAUGCCCAGCUACGCUCCGAUGUACGACGCGAGAGGCCAGUCGUAUCAGAGCCUCUCGGUUCCCGAGCUCGUGCAAGGAUUGUUUGACCGCAGGAAUCUGCUCGUCGCGUGUGAUCCGCGUUUCGGGUCUGUCCUUCCGUGCGGGGUAGACAUCUGUGGAGACUGGCUGAUCCUUCGUGCUAGACGUUACCUCACGGCAGCGACCA